AUGUCGCACAAUCAUUCGGACCACAGCGAUUGUCAUGAUGAAGCUCAUGACCACGACCACGACGAUAUAUCGGAGACAGGCCCUGCAGACAAUUUGUAUCCUUACAUUGAUCUCCAGAAUAUUGUCGCCCUCAACAUUACAGAUGAUACUCCCGGAAAGGCCGUAAUCAAACCUUGGCACGAAAGGCAAGACGAGACUGUAUGGGUUGAGAGUGACGCCGACGACCAAAUAAUAUUCCGCAUACCAUUCACUGGCUCAGUCAAACUUCGCUCUGUCCUCCUCAAGUGCGGUCCCGGAGAGCAAACUCCCGCCAGACUAUGCCUUUUCGCAAACGAGGAUAACGUGGACUUCUCCGACAUAGCGGAAAAAGAACCCCAUCAGGAGUUUGCUGUACCCCAGUCUAGAGACAUUGGAGAGUACGCAGUGAAGGCCUCGAAAUUCUCAAACCUAUCUUCGUUGACCAUCUUCUUCCCGGAAGCACAAGGCGGUGACAGUACAAAAGUAUUCUAUAUUGGCUUAAGAGGCUCAUGGUCUGCUAGGAAACGAGAUGCUGUGAUCACGGUAUAUGAAUCGCAGGCGAAUCUCGCUGACCACGAGAAGAUUCAGGGUACAGAUGGUGGCGUUAGUGCAUCGCGUCUGGGCAGUUGAUCUUCCGAAUAACUGGGGGAGCAUUUUCCCUUCGCUUCCGUGAACAUUUCAUAUGCAUACCUGCGCUGUUAAGUACUUAUAUCAUGACGACUCGCCCGCUGAAGUGUACAAACACUGAGAAUGAAAUAAAUAAAU